AUGAAGGGGAAUUUCAAAUCUGAUAAAAAAUAUGUUUAUGAAAUAUUAUAUUUCUUAAUUAGAGAAAAGGGAGCAGGAGAGUUUAUAGAUGAUUUCCUAUGUAAAUUUGACACUUUUUUUGAUUAAUCUUGUCAAGUCAUAAGAAAAUGGGUUUAAGGCAUUUUAUUUGAUUGA